AUGUCCUCUCCAUCCUCAUCGUCCAAUAAGAAAGAUACCCAAGUUAAUGUAGAUCCAACAAAAAAGAAGAAGAACGUUGAUAUCAGCUCUAGCAGUUCUAAUAAAACAAGCAAGAAUAAAUCAUCAGAGAAGGCAAAUUCAAAAUCUUCAGAAACAAGUUCAUCAACCUCCAAAUCAUCAUCCCGAAAGAAUAAAACAACCCAUGAAACAAAGAAGAAGGAGAUUCCAGAACGAGAGGAAGCCUUUGAAAUUCUUGCUCAAAAAAUUGCUCAAGCUGGAGAUCAUGAAAUUAUUUGUUUAACCGGAGCUGGAUUGAGUACUGCAGCAGGAAUUCCUGAUUUCCGAACACCAGGUACUGGAUUAUAUGACAACUUACAGAAAUACAACCUUCCUAGACCCACAGCCAUCUUUGAAUUGGAGUAUUUUAAGGAAAAUCCAACUCCAUUCUUUUUACUUUCCAGAGAUUUCAUUUCACAAGGAUACAAACCUACAAAAGCUCACUAUUUUAUCAAACUAUUAGAAAAUCAUAACAAGCUGAUGAGGCUCUAUACUCAAAACAUUGAUGGAUUGGAAGCAAAAUCUGGAAUUUCAAAAGAAUUUCUCGUGAAUUGUCAUGGAAUGUAUGACACUGCUCAUUGUAUUGAAUGCUCCAAAGAAUACACAUUGAAAGACCUCGUCAACAAGAUGGGACACGAUCCCAAAACAGUUCAAAUACCACUAUGUGACUCGUGUAACAGUUAUGUCAAGCCAGAUAUUGUCUUGUUCGGAGAGGAGCUUCCAAAAAAGUAUUCAGAUUGUGUCAUGUCAGAUUUGAAACGAUCCAAUGCUUGUAAGAUAUUUCUCAUUAUUGGCACUUCAUUGAGUGUUUAUCCUGUUGCGUUCAUUCCCAAUUAUGCGCCUGAGGGAAGUACACGAGCGUUGUUGAAUCGAGAACGAUGUGGUCCAUUUGAAACGCUUUCAAAACAAGAGAAUCCUUACAAGAGAGAAAUUGAAGGAAAAUACAAACAUUUGGAUUUGUUUUUGGGAGGUGACGAUUUGAGUAUUGAUCAGGGAGUAGAAAAGCUUUGCAAAUUAUUGGGUUGGGAACGUGAAUUGGAAGAACUAGUCAAGAAGGGACCUAUUGAUUUAAUUGAGCAGAGUGAAAUUUCACAAGAAUGUCCCCAAAAAGAUAACGAUUCAGUGAGAGAAUAG